AUGAGCGACUUUGAAUCAUUGAAUUCCCAUCAUCAUGCUCAGCAUUCAUCGGUUGUUUCCAAUCAAAACCCAAUCGACCAUAACGUUGUGAUGAAUAAUGGAAGUGAUCAUCAUCAGUUAUCAAAUGGUAACCGCAAUUUAGAUCCUUUGAAUUCUUCGUCUAGACUUUCUUCCGACGAUAACAACAUUUCAACCUCUUCAAUAUCCGAAAAAUCAAAUCCUUCUGUAACAUCAUCAUCGUCGUGUGCUGACACCGCUAGUAAUAUAUCCAAUAAUGGGGAUAAAAACAAUACGAACACAGAAAAUUCAACCGACAAGGAAUCAUCCACUUCAACGGAAAAACCAAUUUUUGACCUCGACAAUAUUCUUCUUAAAGGAGAUUACACUGGCAAGAUAUUCUGGUAUGGAAUUAAAGAGAUGGCGACACGAGAAAAUAAGAGAAUUUUGGAUGAAAUAUCCAAUCUUACGGUCAAAUCUAAAAUUCUGAAAGGGAUUGAAGACGGUAAUAUCAAAAGCAAAAUAAUGAAAGAAGGAAAAAUUGAUCCUCAACUCGCUCGCCAAGUGUUAUGCUAUGUUGUACAAACACCAGGUGAAAGCAAGCAAAAAAAGAAAGGAAAACGAAAAUCAAAGAAAGAAUUGUUGGAUGAGAAGGCAAAAAUUCUUCUACAAGUAACCGAAUGUGUGAUUGAAUGCAAUUUCAAACAAAAUACUCCAUCUACCUCUGGCUCCAUGUCAACAACCAACAGUAACAACUCAACGUCAAGUUUGGACGACUCAGAAAAUGCGGAUGACGACCUUCUACAACUUACACCAACCGAAAAAGUUGUGGAGCUGGAGAAAGAGCUUGAGGCUGUUUGGAAAAAAACAAACUUAUUGAACUAUAUUCACUCACCAAACCAAAAAGAUAAUCAUUCCAAGAAGCACGAGUCGGAAGAAGAUCCAUUUAUUCUUGAUACAAACGACAAAGUGUACAAGCUGGUGACAGAGAAUUCUGAGAUUGGAUUUGGAUUAAUCAUGGUUAUGAAAAGUAUUAUUUUACUCUCGUUAAGAAAUAGAGGUCUCAUUGACGAAGUGAAAAAGUUUUGCUCAGAUGCAAAAGAGGAAGGCCCUCUCGUUGAGAUUUUACUGGAAGAGCUAAUAGAAGAGAAAAAGCACCGUAUAAAAGUAGAUGGUGCUGACCUUUCAGCAUUUGGAGAAAAUCCUAAAGAAGACGAAUUUGUUAGAAAAUGUGUAGAACACUUGGAAAGGAUAAAAGACAAACCUGAACGAGAUACUGAAGCGAAAAAAUUUGUAAAUAUCAUGUCUCUGUUUAUGGAGCAAAUGGAGGAAAUUGAAAAACACCCAAAUUUCAGUAGAACUGUACAAAUUAUACGAUCGUGCAUGAGCACUGUAUUACCGAAAAACAUUGGUGGACUGAUGGCAUACGCUGUAAAACUUGUUGGAUUAUCAACACCAAGUAUUGAUAAUAUUCACUUUAUGACAUCAGACCUGAAUGACUCUGGACAAUUUACUGCUGAUGAUAUCAUUGUCAAUGACCAUGAACAAUUCCUUCAAAUGGAUAGCGAAUACCUCCAUUUAGUUCUUCAGUUAUUGUCCUAUGCUGCAUUUUCACAACAAAACCAAAAAGAAACUGUCGUUCAAGCCAAUAUACUUCUCUCCAAAGUCUACAACUUUAUAAUACGCCCUGAGAAUAUUACGGAUAGACAGUCUGUAUUAGCAUUUUUGAGAAUGGCUGCCUGGAUAUCUCCAGUAACACCCAAAGAAGAAACAUCCUAUUACUAUUCUUUCACAACCACCACAGUUUUAAAGCAAAUGGAUGAAAUAGAAAAUGAAGACUCAGUACUUCAAGAGCAACGGAGAAUAUUAAUGGAAUACAUAGCUCAGCUUGAUCUUCAUCUUCAUGCCUACAUGAGACAAAUUCAUACGAGCUUGAGAGGACUUUUCCAAAUCACACUCAAGAGCAGUGCAGGUGUGAACGGUUACAAAAAAUUUGUACAGCUUAUUCUUUCGACAAAAUCCUAUUUUACAUUGGAAAAGAAAGAUGAGGAUUGGAAAUUAUUAAUUGAAUAUAUAACCAACAAAUACCGACGGCUGCGAUCAUUUUGCAGAAUGCUCAAAGACUCUGCCCUUAAAACAGAGGAUGAAGCACCUGCUCUUGUUUCUAAUACUUCCCAUAUGACAAUUACUAACCAUCCUCAACCCACUCAAUCAGUAUCCUACUUUCCACCUCCUCCACAACAACAUUAUACGAUGCAUACAGACGCUUUAGCAAGUUUUGAAGAAUAUGAUGAUGAUGAAUCAAAAAAGAGAUCUAAUCCUUUUACUGACUCGGAACAUGACAGACAAAGGUUAAAGCUUAUUUAA